CGUCAUUGUUCAUAACUAUCUUUUAUCAUUUUUAUCGUCUUUGAAAAUCAUUCUAUUAACUUGACAAAAUGGCUCUCGCUCAUCGUUUAUUCCAAGACGCUUUGAAUGACAUACAACGUGCUAUGGAUGUCUUUGAGCAACCUUUGUUCACUCGUCAUCUGUCCAAUCCGCUCACGGGUAGUAUCAAAUUUGAUACUGUCACUCCAUCACAUUUCGAUAAGCUUCUCGCUAGUAAACCUCACCCUCCUACAGACUUGAAAGAAACGUCUGACGGGUAUGAAUUGCAUGCAGAAGUUCCUGGUUAUGAUAAGAAAAAUAUCAAGAUAGAAAUGCCCGAUAGUCGUACCCUGAUUCUUAGUGGCUCUAUGGAAAAGGAGCAUGAGCAAAUUGGCAAGACUGCUACAACAGUAAAAGGACAAGCUAACGAAAAAGACAGCCAUGAUGAAGCAACAAAAAAAGCAAAAUCAAUGCAACAAGAUCAUCUAAACAAUGGUCAAGAAGUCCUACAGAAGGAGCAGGCUGAUGUUGCUGAAGAACAGGUACAGUCACCUGAAUGGUGGAUCAAUGAAAGGGUCUAUGGAUCUUUCAAAAGAACAUUCAAUUUCCCACAUCCUGUGGACCAAGAUAAGGUCAAGGCAACUUAUGAAAAUGGUAUUCUCAAGAUCGUUGUUCCAAAAAUGACUAAAGGUUUCUCAAAACUCAUUGACAUUGAUUAAAUAUAUAUAUAUGUAUAUAAAAAUCAAAAAGAUUAUACCUUCAUUUAUCAUUAUCAGUCUAUUUUUCCAUAUUCUAUUUAUACUGUAUCCGCCUUUACGUGUUAGUAGUUUAUUAAAUAAAAAAAGCAGCUGUUGAAACCUUUUGAUGCAGAUCAAAUUACACGGAAAAUGGACAGUGACUAGUCGGAUAUUCUGGACUGUUUGCACACAAAUUUCUGAUUUGAAAUUGCUAAAUCCCAAUUCAUUUUUCUUUUACAAGCAU